AUGGAGAUAGAUAGCGCCACAGCAGAUCCCGAGGACGUGCAUUUUCUUUAUAUCAACGCUUUACUCCCCCCUCAGCUUCCAGGCGAGGAAGAAAAUGAUGUUGCAUCUCGAGAAGAAUUCCUUCUUUCAGUCCUGAGACACACCGUGGUAGACUUCAAAAAAGGCCCGGGUAGUGCUUGCGGAUGUUGGAACCAAAUUGAGAAGACUCUUGACUGGUGUACAAGCUUGAGAUCAGUGAACGGUUUCUCUGGUAUAUCUCUCUUCGAAGCAUUCAAUUCCUUUCGUGAUGGAGAUUAUCUAAUACUAUUUUUUCGGGCCUUGGAGAGCAUUCUUGCGUUUGAGGCAAUUCCGAACGGCGUGAUAGUAGCCUACUUCUCUGUGGUGCCUCCAGCAGAGACCGUCAUGAGCCAUGCCUUUGUCCUCAUACAUUUCCCUUCGCAAGCGAUCCAAAUCCAGUGGAAAGAAUUCAAACAAAAGGAGUUUCUGGAACAGCUCUCUAAUUUUCUCGAGCGUUUGGAUUACGAAUCGCCCAAGUCUACAGAGAUGUCGAAGCCCAAAAUACUUUCAGAGUUGCUCAUGAGCAUCCUAUUAGCGCAGGGACGGGUCUACGCCUCACAAAAAACCAUUUUCAAAAAGAUCCGAGACAGUUUAUCAACUUAUGACGGGCAAUCUACGUGGAGACGUUCCCCGUUUUACCUCGCUCUAAAGGUCGUCGUUCAGCUUCGACCAUCCGUUUCCGAAAAUGAGAACGAAUCAUCACAGUACAAAGAAUUUAUGCUCUUCUUCUUGAGCAAGAUCGCCAAACUAUUUCUCCGAACUAAUGCCUCACCUGAAAUGCUUCAGCUAAUCUCCAACAAACUCGCGCGUCGUGUUUGUAAAUCGGAGAGCUUUGUUUCACCAGGUGUCAUGCAAAUCGUGAAGGAAGUCACACAUCAAAUUUAUCGUCGCCUCCAAAGCGAAUGGAAAAUGAUAAGAACGAAAAGUCUUCAUUCAAUCCAGCUGCUUGAACCUGACCCAGAAGAAGAGAUAUGUCUGGAACUGAGCUCAUUAGUGCUCGAACAAAUUGAGAAAGCAACGAACCAUCGCGCUUACAGAGCUGACAAUCGUUCUAGUGGCCAUGAAAUGUUUAAGAAAAUUCCUACCAACAGGCUGGAGCUGCCAAGCGUCGAGUCUUUAGAAGGUGUCAAACAGAUUGACUUUUACGCCCUCGCCGACUUUGAGCAUUGGGUCGAGUAUAACCUCGACGCCUGGACAACACUCACCAUUUCGGAAUGCCUAGACAAAGACUAUCGAAAGCUCAGUAUUCUUAUUCAAACCUACAUUUCUCAAGCUUUGAGUAUCUACCGUGGCAGUGUCGAGCAUGUAAUGCUUCUUACCUCAGUUGAUUUGGGGGUUGCGCUGGACCGUCUAACAUGUGAGAGAUUUCCCUUCUUUAAGCAACUCUCGCCGGAGAUCCCGAAAGACUUCUUGAUACGAAUUUAUUUAAAUAAAGAAAGAGACUUCAAACGUUCACACAGAAUUGAAGAGUAUGUCGCCAAGCGGCAUGCUGAGAGGUCUCCCACCACGGGGUCGGUAUUUACUCGUCAGGGGCCCAUUAUGGCAGCGACCCUUCCAGAAUUGUUAUACGAUGAUGAGGAAAAUUGUACCGUAUUGAAGGAACUUGAAAAUAGGAUAAGCGACCAAAACUCCGAAUGUCGUCGGGAAAAGCUAUCGGAAUGGGAGUCACUGAGCAAGAAGUAUGCCCAGUUGCAGGACAGUCAUUUGAUGUUAGAGCACGAUAGACGAAGAAUGACAAAAUCAGGAUACCACAGCAAGGUUAAUUGUGAAAAGUGCAAACUAAAAUCAGAAGCAUCGUCAUUGACAAUCGAAGUUGGCGAAGAAUCAUUGCCGAGUGAUCCGAAAUUCAUGCUUUUCGAAAUGCGAGCACCAGCGGCACUGGUUUUCUGGAGAGAUGCAACAUGGGCGAUUCUUGACGGCAUAUCUAACAACGAGCAGAAAAGAAGUAGAAGCUCGACAUAUGACAUCCAGUCUAAGUACGAGGCCUUGCAAACAUUCUGGACAAGCCCGCGGCCGCGACUGCAGGUAAUGUCUCUCAUUGCUCCCCCUGCUCGAGGACCUAUUCCGGUCUCCAAAAUCAUUGAGACUGGAAACGAAUACUAA